GGGGUCGCUUUGGUAUGCUUUUAGCUUAGCUUGCUGGUUGCUAUUAUUCUUAUUCUCUCUUCUGUUCUGUUAUGUGUUAAAAAGAUUAAAGAAGAAGAAAGAGUUGCUCUCCGCUUCUUCUACUUCUAUAUAUUUAUUUUCUAAAGCAGGCAGCAACCCCUGAGCCCCAUAUACAUGCAGUUUUAUCUAGAUUCUUCAUCAAGUCAAAGUAAGUGAACAGCCAUGCAAAAGGAUCACAACUCCACUGUCCCCUCAACAUCUUCUCGCCUUCGCCAUCGGAAGCGCUCCAAUGAGGUUGUUCCAGAAGCUGCUAAAGAAAACGGAGGCCAUUUACUGGUUGAUGAUCAAAAUAAAUACAAGUCCAUGUGGAUACGUACCUGCUCAACUGUUUGGAUGAUCGGGAGCUUUGCUUUGAUAGUCUACAUGGGUCAUCUCUAUAUCACAGCAAUGGUGGUUGUCAUCCAAAUAUAUAUGGCCAAAGAGCUAUUCAAUCUGCUAAGGAAAGCGCAUGAAGAUAGGCAUCUCCCAGGAUUCAGACUCUUGAAUUGGCAUUUCUUUUUCACUGCGAUGUUAUUUGUGUAUGGCCGAAUUCUCAGUCAGCGGCUAGUCAAUACUGUGACUUCAGACAAAUUCUUGUUCCAGCUUGUGAACAGUCUCAUCAAGUAUCAUAUGGCUAUGUGUUAUUUCUUGUAUAUUGCAGGUUUUAUGUGGUUCAUUCUUACACUAAAGAAGAAGAUGUACAAGUAUCAAUUUGGCCAGUAUGCAUGGACACAUAUGAUUCUUAUUGUGGUGUUUACACAGUCCUCUUUUACUGUGGCCAAUAUUUUUGAAGGGAUUUUCUGGUUUCUUCUUCCAGCCUCACUAAUUGUCAUCAAUGACAUAUUUGCUUAUAUCUGUGGUUUCUUCUUUGGAAGAACCCCUUUGAUUAAGUUAUCACCAAAGAAAACUUGGGAGGGGUUCAUUGGAGCCUCUGUCACUACUAUGAUAUCUGCGUUUGUGCUGGCAAAUAUGAUGGGCCGUUUUCAGUGGCUAACAUGUCCAAGAAAGGAUUUAUCGAGUGGUUGGCUUCAAUGUGAUCCUGGACCUUUAUUUAAGCCGGAGUACUUCAUCUUACCAGAAUGGGUUCCUCAAUGGUUUCCAUGGAAAGAAAUCUCCAUUCUACCUGUUCAAUGGCAUGCUUUAUGGCUUGGUUUGUUUGCAUCAAUAAUAGCACCUUUUGGGGGCUUCUUUGCAAGUGGUUUCAAAAGAGCUUUUAAGAUCAAGGAUUUUGGUGACAGUAUCCCUGGACAUGGGGGAAUUACAGAUCGAAUGGAUUGCCAGAUGGUAAUGGCUGUGUUUGCAUACAUCUAUCAUCAAUCGUUCGUUGUGCCUCAAAGUAUAUCGGUUGAAAUGAUCUUAGAUCAGAUAUUGGCAAACCUUACUUUUGAGGAGCAAUAUGCCUUGUACAUGAAGCUUGGGGAAAUGGUUCGGGAAAGGGUGGUUGGACGUUCUUAGAUUUGCAUAGCACAUCUGUAACGUUCUACUCUGUCCAGCAUGUUUAAGUACAUGGUGGCCUAGGGGUGAAAGAAAGGGAAACAAAAAAGAAGUGUUUGUAUAUGUUCUCAUUUGAAUUUCAGAUUCAAAUAUCUCUAGGAGCAAGCAUUCUUUAGCGAGCGCACUCUGUACAGCAUUAACAGAUUAAUAUACGUAAACUGUCAACAGCAUGUAUUGGGAACUGUCUUUUCAGAUCUGUAAUAAUAUAGGUAAACUGUCAACAGCAUGUACUGGGAAUUGUCUUUUCAGAUCUGUAAUCCAGUGUUCUCAAAUGAAGGAUUUGUGAGAGAUUAAAAGAGGCACAUGAAACUCGAGAGCAAGAUGGGAAGCUGCUAACAAUGGGAAGGCACUCCUAUUAAGAAACUUAGAGAUAAAUGAGCUGGUUGAAGUUAGGUUACAGUUAGCAACGAGAAAAUGACAUCUAGUUUAUUAUUGGAACUGUAAAAGCCCUGCUUGCUAAUUUAAUUUUCUUUAUCGCU